UCGCUGUAGGAAAUUGAUUAUUGGGAUGUGAUUUUCUAGCAUGUAUUAUUAUUGUAUCUGUCUCCGUACGGAGUAAACAUGUCCAGGGGAGUCUACAUGACCCUCUUUUUUUUUUCUCCCCCUUCCCCUCUUCUGCCCCCCCUCCGUUUGAGAAUAGAUAAAUAAUACUUAAGGGUCCAUUUCCCUGGACCGUUUCCAAUUUCCCUCACUUAUCCUCUUUCCCUCCUCCGUCCUCCUGUCUACCUUACCCGCAUCUACCCCUUACCCCUCCACAACCAUGUCCUACUACGGCGAACAACAGCCCCCCUACGGCGGUGGCGGCUACGCCCCCUCCCCCUACGGCCAACCGCCAUCCGGCUACGGCCAGUCGCCUUACGGGGAGCGCCCGCCCUACGAGCGUCCUCCCUACGAGCGCCCCCCGUACGAGGGUGACCGUCCGUCCUACGAGCGCCCGCCCUACGACCGACCUCCCAGCGAGCGUCCUCCCUACGACCGCCCCCCCUACGAGGGCGGCGACCGUCCUCCGUACGAAGCGCAGCGCUCGUUCGACUCCCGCCCUCCCUACAGCUCCGCCCCGCCAUCCGCCCGCCCUCCCCCCGUGGCCCCUCCGCCUCUCCCCUACGGCUGGGUCCAGGAAUGGGAGCCCAGCGUGCGCCGCGGCUUCUUCGUCGAGACCGCCACCGGCCGCUCGCAGUGGGAGACGCCCCUCGAGGACUCGGCCGGCGGGUCGCGCGACCUCCCGCCCCCCGGUCCUCCCGCCGGUUACUACGGCAGCCCCCCCCCGCCGCCGCAGGGCGGUUACUACGGCGGCAUGGACCCCAAUGCCGCGGCUGAGGCGGAGGCCCAGCGCAAGAAGGACGAGAAGAAGAAGAUGAUGAUGGGUGCGGGUCUCGGCGCGGCGGUCGGUCUGGCCGGUGGUGCGCUGCUGGGUCACGAACUGAACUCGAGCUCCGACGAGGAGGAGGAGAAGGAGAGGGAGGAGGAGGCUGAGCGCGAGGCGUACCGCGAAGGAUACCAGGAUGCCUACGAGGAUGCUCACUCUCCCCCCGCCGAUGACUGGUAGAUGGAGAGACGCCGCUUUCUUAGCCUGACCGGGAUUCUCCUCGGGGGAAUAUUUGUUCCGAGUUGGGUUUGAUUUUGUUUUAGCAUGUUGGAUUGGUUUUUUUUUUUUUUUAAUUUCCUCAUCUUUUUUUUUCGGGAUACAUAUUUUCAUACAAUACAUACAUCGCCGGUAGUCAAGUUACUCGGCGCAAUUUGCAUCAUCCAUGGUGGAUAUCCUCCGUCCGGUAGUUAUAUUUCUCUCGGGUAAAAUGGCAUCCUUAAUCCAUAUCCUUGAAUGGACGGAUCGAACUACACACGGAGGUCCGUACGGAGUACGGACUCGGACUGUCCCUUAGCCCGAUUAUGUAAG